AUGCGACUACAGUCUGCAGAAAUGUUACUAGGGGACAAUAAGGCGUUCGAAAGAUCUAAACAUAACCAACGUUUGGUUUAUGUUGACUUAAGUGGGAACAAAAUAAAGGAAAUAGGAAACAUAUCGUGUCUGACUAAAUUAGAUACAUUAGAUUUGAGUGAGAACCAACUGUCCUAUAUCUACAAUAAUACAUUCCGAGGUCUGGUGUCACUGCGCAAUUUAAACUUGGCAAAUAACAAAAUAAGCUACAUACAACCCUAUGCUUGGUCUCAUCAAACGUCUUCUAUACUUAACAUUCAGCUACAGGGCAAUGAUCUGUCAGGCGUUGACAUCACGAAUGUCAUCAUCAAUCGACCUUUUUGUAACCUUGAUUACCGAAAUAACCACAUCAAAAAUAUCGUCAACGAAGCUGGAUGGACAUUGACGACAGACCAUGGAAUCGUAAAGGGUGGUUUUGUCGACCUGACUGAAAACAGCACGUCUGGAAUCAUAGACUUUCUACAUCUAGGUGUCUCUGACCUAAAAGUUUUGGGAAAGGUGUUGUUUUCAUACAUGUAUGUGGUUGAGAUGCGUGAUGCUCAUUUUAAAUGUGACUGUGAAAUAGAGCCAUUCGUUCGAAUGGUUGAAUCUAACUUUCAAUAUAUAUGGAGAUCAUACUAUGAACUGAUUAAGUGUUUUUAUCCGGAAGAACUUAAAAAUCAAUUUUCUAACCUCGUGCGGGGUAAACAGUUAGAUUUGUUUAUAUAUGAUAUACCACAAACUAAAGGUUGUCCUUACGAUUGUAAUUGCUAUAAACAGCGAAGCAGAGAUCGCGUGGUCGUAAAUUGCUCAGGGCAUGAACUUGAUAAAAUGCCUGAAAAAGUGCUCAGAAAAGCUUUUCCUUUUGAGAUACAAAUGUAUAUCUAG